AUGAAUGAGAACGAGAGCGGGCUGAAGAGGCCACAAGAAUCAGCUCAUAUCACUGCAAAUGACGAGCAUAAAAAGCAAAAGACUAAUAGCGACGAUGAACCAGCAGCAGCGUCUUCACCACAAUCACCACCACAACAGCAGCAGCAGCAGGAUGUGCCACUUUUGCCUGCUACUUUGAUCCUUGACAAGGUUCAAGAGGAGACUAUCAACGACCUUGUCAAGAAUAGCAAUGCAGUUGCUUCUUUACUGCAACAAAGCACAGAUGUGGCAGAUGAACAACAGAAACCAACAGCAACAACAGCAGAAUCAUACAACCCUACUGAUACGAAUGUAGAAACUGAAAUACCAUCAGCAGAUUCAACCAAGGCCGUCACAGGCACUGAGAACGAAAAAGUUGAAGAUGCGUCAGCUUCCAUCACUAGUGAACAGCUUUUGUUUGCACUGACAUCGAUCCCAUCGUCCGAGAAAGAAGCAGAGGAACAGCAAAAGAAGACGAAAGAAGAUAUGGAGGAGCAAUCGGUUGUUGCUGAGAAUGCAGACCACGAUAAAUCCAAUGCCCCUCCUGUACCUCAACCCACAGUGCCAUCUUUGCCACAAGCAUCAUUGCCAAUGUCUUCAUUACCACCAACUGGUCUUGGUAUCACACCCAAAACAACACAGCCACCAUUAGAGACGGCCCCACCAUCUGCUCUACCAGCUGAAGUACCAUCUGAUCCAGUUGUAGGCUCCAUCCCACUUCCAUCUUCUACAUCCAAUGCGCCCGAAACAGUACCAACAACAACAACAGCAGCAACGGCUCCCGUCUCUUCAUCUGCAUUACCACCACAGACAUCCCUCGCUUCUACAACAGCCAGCGCAUCCAACACAUCUACUAUACCUUCUCCUUAUAAGAGCAAUAUCAAUACAACAACUACUACUACUAAUCCCACUCUGUCUUCAGGAGCAUCAGCAGCAGCAGCAGCAGCAGCGGUAGCAGCCUCCUUUAGCAACUUUCCAGAAAUCAGUGCGGCAUUGCGUCGGUUGAGCACCACAAAUCCAUCUGUGAUUGAGCAGUUGUCAUCAUCAGCCUCGUCCUCGUCUCCUCGAUUAUCUUCCAACAUGGGUGGGCAUGUGGGUGAUCGCAAAGGAUCUUCUAUCGAUGUCUCGCCUCAUGAGAUAUUUGGCAGUGCGUUGGCUGCUGUAGCUGCCAAUGCAGCAGCAGCCCGAUCAGGCCCUCACAGCAACACCAAUAAUGUGGCAUCACCUAAGCAACCACAACAAAAUACUCAGUCGACAACAUCCAACACAGCACCACUAGCAAACAACAAUGCACAGGCCACAGCAACAGCGAUAGGUAAUCUGGCUGCAUUCACAGCGAACAUUAGUAACUUACUGCAUUCUGGUGGAUUUCAUCGCAAUUCCUUCAGUCAAGAAGACACGCAAAAAUUGGCAGCUGUUGUAGCGAAUGCGCGUAACCCUCAGCAGCGCCGCAAGAGCUCCAUGCAGGUUGUGGGUAACGCAUUUUCUAGCAUGAUUGAUCAAGCCUAUUUGAUGGGAAGAAACAAAAGCUUUAGUGAAGCCGCUGCCGCCGCCACCAUCAAUAGAUCAGUGCCGCCAUCUACAUCGAGCACUUAUUUAUCAUCCACCACAUUACCACAGACUCCUCCACCUGUAGUGCCGAAACCGAAGCUUAUUAUCAAAAAUGAACAAGUAUGGAAGUCAGUGGAAGGCAUGGAAGAGAAAUUGCUGGGCUUUCAACUGUAUUCGCCUCAAUUACUAUUACCCAAUUUGGAAGGCAGUGUCAAUGGCUUGAUGGAGAUUCGAGUGCCAGCACGAUUUUUGACAUUUGAGAAUGUCAAGGUCAAGAAGAGAGCCUUGUGGGGGACUGAUAUAUACACAGACGAUUCUGAUAUUGUUGCAAUGGCUAUACAUUCUGGCAAAUAUCAACCUCACUUUAUCGAGCCAACAAUAGAGCCAACAGAUCCCUUUGCACUUGCUGUAGCCGGUAAACAGAAGGAAUCGAUCGAGGCAGCAAGAAGACUGGCAUUGAGUGGCAAAAAAUAUACACAACACGAUCAGCACUGGAUACCUGACCAUGACUUGAAGGUUACUGUGCGAGUUUUACCAACACUGCAAAGCUAUGCCAGCUCCAUCCGACACAGACUCAAAUCAAGAGAGUGGGGCAAACAUGACGGCAUGAGUUUAUUUGUAAAUAAGGUGGAGAAAAUCAAGAGAGGAGAUGCUCGAUUGAAGGGCCGUGGUACACUAAAAUCCAACAUGUUUGCGUAUGAAUCUUACCGCAAACAAGCAUUGGGAUUGUACCAAGAUAAAAAGACAAUACCUACAUCAAGCACAGCAUCAUCUUCUACAUCAUCCUCAUCAUUCCCACCUAUUCAAAAAGGUCGUAUCAAGAAGACGCGAAGAGUGAUGCGCAUGUUUCAGAUACGCUCAGAAAUGAAAAAGCAAGCUUAA